AUGAUGGGUAUAAAUAAACAAAAAUCCAUUAUUCCAGAUACUCCUCUAACGCUGAUUAAAGACAUUCAAAAUAAUAUGAAUAACAUUACAGUUAUGUGCAUAGUAUUGGAUGUAAAUCCUGCUGUACCACUUAAAGACAACCAUGAAGUGCGUACUGUUAAAGUAGCUGAUAGUUCAGCGAGCAUCAAUUUCUCAGUCUGGGAUGAAGCUGGUGCAAUUUUAUUUCCUGGUGAUAUAAUACGUAUUCAUAGAGCUUAUGCAAUUUACUUCAGGAACUGCCUUACACUCUAUGUUGGAAAAAAUGGUGAAAUUGAAAAAAUUGGUGAUUUUAUCAUGACAUUCAGUGAAUCCAUCAAUAUGAGUGAAGUAAACCUUAAUGCACCACCACCUCUCCCACCUCCUGGAGCCAAUGGAAAUACAAUUAGUAAUACAAGGCGAACAGGAGCAGGAAAACAAAAUGUGAAACCAAAUACGUUCAAAGGUAAUAAUGGGAAAAGUGGACCUAGAAGCCAAAUGAGACCAGAAAGAAAAUAA